AUGGGAAGACAUCGGCGUGAUGAAAAAGAUUUUCAUUUCGAUUUUUAUUUCUUCCGAUGUCUUGCAGAUAUUUCAAAGAUUCUUUUUCCACGUGUUGAAUGGGCCGUACUCUUCACGUUUGCUACACUUUUUUUUGCUAUUGCUAGUGAAGUUUUAACGUUUUUGACGGGUAUGGUACCAGGCCGAAUAUAUCAGGCAUUAGCAGAUAGAAGUGAAUCGGAAUUCUGGCGUAUUUUCCUCAUUGGCUCAAUUGUAUAUAUCGGCAACUGUGUGUUGAUAGCUUUGAAAUCGUUCACAUCAUGGCAACUCUAUUUAUGUUGGCGUAAAAAUGCGUUGAUAGCUUUGAAAUCGUUCACAUCAUGGCAACUCUAUUUAUGUUGGCGUAAAAAUGCGGUAAUCAAACUUCAGCAAUGCUAUUUUAAUAAUCAUGCCUAUUAUAAAAUCAAUAAUAUUGAUGAUUAUGGCAUCGAUAAUCCUGAUCAGCGUAUCACACAAGAUACUGAAAGAAUAUGCAAUCAAUUAGCAAUUAAUAUAAUGCCUUCUGUACUGAUCGGACCAUUUGUUAUCGCUUUCUAUACCUAUAAAACAUAUAUCAGCACUGGUAGUUUGGGUAUUGCUAUUAUUUAUGGAUAUUUUGUUGUUGGUAUUAUUGUUAACAAAUUUCUUAUAUCACCGAUGGUUAAAUGGAAUGCUCGAAUAGAGAAAGCAGAAGGUGACUUUAGGUAUAAACAUGUUUCAAUACGGAAUAAUGCCGAAUCAAUUGCUCUGUACGAAGCAGAACCAUUCGAGCAAUAUGAAUGCAAUCGAAUAUUUAUGUUACUUUGGUGGCGACAAUUUAAAUUUAUGUGCUGGAAAUUACCGAAUUUAUUUUGGCAACAACUUUAUGACUAUUAUGGUGGAAUUUUAAGCUAUGCAAUACAAUUUAUUCCGAUACUAAUUACUGGAUUAUAUGAUGAUUUACCGAUGCAAGAUUUAGGAAGGAUUAUAAGUAAUAAUGCAUUUGUAUAUAUGUAUUUGAUGAAUAGUUUCACACGAAUAACAGGUAUAGCAAUUAGUGCUGGUGAAAUGGCUGGCAUAUUGCAACGUGUGGCAGAAUUGGUUCACAUAUGCAAACAUAUCGGCGAUAACAACACAACUGGAUAUGAUGAUAUUGUAGUUGAUUCAACAUUAAAAAAAGGUGAUACUAAUCAGUGUAUGAUAUAUGAUAUUCAUAAUAUUAGCUAUUCAUUACCAAAUUAUUCCACCCAAAAACUACUUAAUGAUUUUUCAUUUGCAAUCAAUAGGAAUGCAAAAAUUUGGAUAAUAGGUCCUAAUGGAUGUGGAAAAACUGCACUGAUACGUGUGCUAUCACAAUUAUGGCAAUAUCAAUCUGGACAUAUAAGAUGUGGAGCUAAACGUGGACAAAUUUUACGCCUAUCACAAAUACCUUAUUUUCCCUGUGGUCAUUUAAGUUUAUUUCAACAAAUUAGCUUUCCAGCAACAAGCAUUUCAAAUAGUCUUGAACGAAUUGAUAAUGAUUAUGUAUCUAUUAAUAGCAUUUUAAAUGAAUUAAAACUUGAUUGGUUAAUUGAACGUUGUGAAGGACUCUUUAAUCCGGUUGAAUUUGAAUGGCAAAAUACAUUAACACCAAGUGAGCAACAACGAUUUGCAUUUGCCCGAGUAUUAUUUCAACAACCGCAAUUUGUUAUUUUAGAUGAAUCAAGUAGUUGUAUCGAUUUAGAAAUCGAAGAACAUAUCUAUCAACUUCUUAUUUCGAAUAAUAUUGGCUUUAUAUCAAUUGGUCAUCAUCCAUCAUUAAUUAAGUUCCACGAUACGAUACUACAUUUGGAUGGUUGUGGUAAUUAUAAGAUUCGAUCAUUGCGAUCAUUUAGUUCAAUUUCCACGAUCGAUCUUAUUAAUUCUAAUGAUUUUUCAAAUUCAACCUAA